AUGCUGGCACGGAGAGCGCUGCGCUGGGCGGCGCGGCGGGGCGGGCAGCGGCCGCCGGUGCGCGGCCUCCGCGUCUCUCCGCGGGCGCGGUCCGCCAUGCCCUCGUGGGUCAUCGACCGGUACGGCCGCAACGAGGUGCUGCGCUUCACCCGGGACAUGGUGUUCCCCGUCAUUCAGUACCCCAACGAGGUCAUUGUUAAGGUGCACGCCGCCAGCUUGAACCCCAUAGACCUUAGCAUGAGAAGUGGUUACGGUUCAACUGCGUUAAAUAUGAAGCGGGAUCCCCUGAAAAUCAAGAGCUUGGACACUGAAUUCCCACUAACACUUGGUCGAGAUGUCUCAGGUGUUAUCAUGGAAUGCGGACUAAGUGUGUCUUAUUUCAAACCUGGAGAUGAGGUAUGGGGAGCAAUUCCUCCAUGGAAACAAGGCACUCUGUCAGAGUUUGUGGUAGCUAGUGCAAAUGAGGUAUCUUUUAAGCCAAAAUGUCUCAGUCACCUAGAAGCUGCCUCCUUACCGUAUGUAGGUCUCACAGCGUGGUCUGCAAUUAACAAAGUUGGAGGACUGAACCAAAGUAAUUGCAGCGGGAAAAGAGUUUUAAUAUUAGGAGCUUCUGGAGGAGUUGGCACAUUUGCUGUACAGCUAGUGAAGGCCUGGGGUGCUCAUGUGACAGCAGUUUGUUCCCACGAUGCUAGUGCACUGAUGAAAAAGCUUGGAGCAGAUGAUGUGAUUGAUUACAAAUCUGGAAAUUUGGAGCAACAGCUUAAAGCCUUACCCUCAUUUGAUUUCAUCCUCGAUAAUGUCGGUGGAUCCACUGAGAAGUGGGCACUAGAUCUCCUGAAGAAAUGGUCAGGAGCAACAUACGUUACUUUAGUGACGCCUUUCUUGAUCAACAUGGACAGACUUGGAGUUGCUGAUGGCAUGUUGCAAACAGGAGUCACGAUAGGCUCCAAAACUGUGAAGCAUCUCUUGAAAGGAGUCCAUUAUCGGUGGGCCUUCUUUAUGCCAAGUGGACCAAGCUUGGAUGAAAUUGCACAACUAGUUGACUCAGGAAAGGUUCAGCCAGUUAUUCAAGAAAUCUUCCCUUUUUCUGAAGUUCCAAAGGCCUUUCUGAAACUAGAAGAAGGACACGCACGUGGAAAAACAGUGAUUGAUGUCAUUAAUAAAAAAUAAAGCAACUCUAAUUGUU